AUGGCAAAGCCUACCAUCCUCUUCAUCCCUGGCUCUCUAGCCCUCCCGGAAUUCUACUCCAGCAUCCUUGAUCCCGUCGCAGAAGCCGGCUACGAUGUCCAAGCCCUGCAUCUCCCAAGCGUCGGUCCUACCGGCGGACAGGGAGGCGCAUGUCCCCCGCCGAGCAUGGAAGACGACGCAGCGUUCAUCGCAUCUCACGUCCGCGAUCUCGUCGACCAAGGUAAGGACGUAAUCAUUUUCGCCCACUCAUAUGGCGGUAUUCCCGCCACCCAAAGCACCAAGGGUCUGUCCAAGCAUGAACGUCAACAGCAGGGAAAACCCGGCGGUGUCGUGCGACUGGCGUAUAUCACCGCGUUGGUUCCAGAUCUUGGAGAGAACGCGGUGGGGCUUACCGCGAGGUAUCAAGACGAGCAGAAUCAGGUGGAGAUGAAACCCGAUGAAAACGGCUGGAUUGGCCCCGUCGAUAUUGCGGCCUCGGCCAAGGUCGUGUUUUCGAGUCUUCCACCGGAGGAAGGCAUCGCUUGGAUGCAGCGGUUUCCGAGGCAUUCGGCGGCGAGUCUCAUGGGGUUGUUGACGCACCCCGGUCCUCUCAGCGAAGGGCCAGAGGCAUAUGAUUGA